UCAGUUGUUCGCAAAGCACAAAAAGCAAACACACAGAAACUGAGAGCCUCACAGUCCUCAUGAGCCUCGCUUUUAUAUGAAUAACAACCACAACACAAAUCCAAAAAAAAAAACAGAGACAUGAUCAAAACGUUGGACUUGGGCAUGUUCCCAGGCUCGUCGGAGUUUUUAUGGCGGGAAAACCUUCAUGGCGGAUGGGCUACUCUUCUUGCUCUCCUUAUCAUCUUCGCUUGGCAUCGUUUUUUGCAUAAGAAAUCGUCUUCUACUUCUUCUUCUUCUUCUUCUAGUUUGUCUUCUACAGUUGCUCUCUCUGAUUCAAAUCCCAUCGCUUCUGGCUCUAGGGGUUCAAAAUUUAGAGCCUCGGAAUUGGUAACCGAUGCAGAUUUGAAGUUUCUGAUUGAAAAUUUGGAUGAGAAGAACGGUCAGAAUGAGAAAUGGGACAGUGUCAUAGAAAAAGGAAAUGAUCUUCUAUACUACAGUGCCAAGUGCUGCAAGCCUAAGGUUGGUCCUGUUGAGUACUUGAGUGUGACCAUAUUUGAAGAUUGCUCUCCGGAGUUGCUGAGAGACUUCUACAUGGACAAUGAUUACAGAAAGCAAUGGGAUAAGAUGCUGAUUGAGCAUGAACAGUUACAAUUGGACAAAAACAAUGGGGUUGAAGUUGGCCGGACAAUAAAGAAGUUUCCACUGUUGACACCAAGAGAAUAUGUGUUAGCUUGGAGAUUGUGGGAGGGAAAAGAUAAAACGUUCUACUGUUUUGUAAAGGAAUGUGAGCAUUCUUUGGCACCGCGGCAGAAGAAGUAUGUGCGUGUUAGUACUUUCAGAUCUGGUUGGCGAAUCAGAAAAGUACCUGGUAGAAAUGCCACUGAGAUCAAAAUGUAUCACCAAGAAGAUGCUGGUCUAAACGUAGAGAUGGCAAAACUGGCCUUUGCAAAGGGCAUAUGGAGUUACAUAUGUAAAAUGGAUAGUGCACUCCGCAAAUAUUCUACAAUCAGCAAUGAUCAAUCAAGUUCUGCUGCCACCGCAGUCACUUUGAUACAGAAGGUCCCCCAUGGAUUAGAGGCUACAGAUAGCACUGGAGCAACCUCUGCAGAACCAAUUGUUCAAAGAGUAAAAUCUGGUAGAGAGAAGAAAUCAUCAAGACGACCAUCAAAGAAAUUGCUAGCCAGUGGCUUGCUGCUUCUAGGGGGUGUAGUCUGCUUGUCUCGUGGUCGCUCUAGCCUGGGUGCAAAGGUAGCAAUGGCAUAUAUCUUGACCAAACUAAACAAGCGUGAUGCUUCAUCAAGUCAAACUGGGGAUAUUGCAGGCACAUAACCUUGUUGAUAUCACAACUAAAUUUUGGAGGGCCUAGUAAAGGUUCCUUGUAUAAAUUACUGGCAGGGUCAUCGACUACUUAGAAACAAAACAUAGGACCUUAUCAGUCAAAGGCAAUUGGCUCUAAGUACGUUGGACCUCAACCUUAAGUCUUUUGGAAAUUUUGUUCU